AUGAAUACCUUACAGCUUCAGGACUGCUUAUCAAAAAUAAAUCCAGUAUUACAUAACAAUGUUUUUGCCGCGAACAGAUUACCCAUUCAUAUGGAAUUACCUAUUUAUUUAAUAAGCAAUCUGGACCCAGAUACACAGCCAGGUUCCCAUUGGGUAGCAAUACACGUAGAUAAAAGCAGACACGGUGAAUACUUUGACUCUUUCGGCCGAGCACCUUCAGGUUCACACAGAUUGUUCUUGAACCGUAACUGUACUAUGUGGAACUACAAUAAAAGAGUUUUGCAAGACGAUUGGUCAUCAGUAUGUGGGGAGUACUGUUUGUUUUAUAUAUUUUUUAAAGUUCAUGGAAAGAGUCUUGACGAUUAUAUAAUGUUUUUUGAUGAACAUAAUCGGGAAUGGAAUGAUAUACAAGUAAAAGUCGGUGUUUUUGAAAAUAUUAUGAAACUGAACAGUCGACUCGACCAUGGUCUCCCCCCACCCACAUGGCGUCCAGUGGUUGUACCUCGCAACUUGCAGGAGUUGUUUGAUACAGUGCCAAAACAGCAGACAAGUGUAAGGGCAGCUGAUAGCGCCAAUAUGUGGCGCGCAACACGCGGUUGGGCGGCCGGGGCUUUACUACUGCUUGCAGCGCUCUUUCUGCUGCGAGCUACAGACCGCUUUUUCACCAAAAAUUAUCUUAAAUGGCGUAGGAAUCGAUCAGAAGAAUGGCCAACACCAAAUGUCCUAGCUACAAGCCACAUGGAGCUACCGGCAACCGAUGCAGAUCCACCUUCCGAAUCGAGUAGCAACGCCCAAGAUCUUUACACCGCUGAUCUGCCUCCACCAUACUCUGAGUGUAGCCAAAAACACAAAUAUGAAGAACCACCGCCCCCCUAUUCAGCAUGUUAUGUCGAAUUCACGAAUCCAAAGGAUGGUAUUCCAGCCGUACACUUCUAUAAUAGUCAACGACAAAAUAUCUUCCAAGACAUGGACGCUGGAACUUCUAGCAACGAUACGGGGCAGACGCAGAACGAAGCGAGGAGUAUAGAUGCUGUGCGUGUAGACCCUAAUGUUCCAGGUACUUCUAAAUCUGUCACAAACGAAUGCUGA